AUGGCUCGGUUGGAUAAUAUCUGGAAAGAGGUGACUAUCAAUGGAGAAAAGGUGACCAUAAAAGGCCUGGCCCAAACACAGGCCGGACCUGUUCCCUACCUUUAUUUAGAACCGAAGUUCAAGAAUAAUUCAAAACUUGAGCAUCAGAUUUACAACGGUAACCCCGUGAAUGAAGAAGUAGCAAACGGACAAUGGUGGAUGGGACGAGUGUCUCCUGUCGAAGUUGGUAUAAGAUUGGCCCGAGAUCCGGGAUUGGUCAUGGGCAACUAUGCAGUGUGCCAGCCUCCUGAGAUGGAACCGUUGGAGCCUGGCCAGUGGGCUGAGUUCGUGCUCGUGGUCAGAAAUGUAUCAGGGAAUGUCGAUCAGUGGAUGUACGAAUGGGAUUUGAGCAACAAGUUCAAUCAGAAGUUCGGAAAAAAGUUUAAGCAAAGAGAUAUUGGAAAUGACAUCAUCAAAGGUCCACCACAUAGUCCUAUUCCUCCCAUUGCCUACUACAUAAUCAAACGGACGUCCCAAGGGAAAUUUUUCUUAAUACCAGAGGACGCUUUCUCUUCAAUCGAUUUGCUGCUCUCUCAUUACUACAGGGAUCUUUCUAAACCUGAAUAUCACGCCAAAGAACGCUCGCCAAUUCAGCUGCUGGUCGGAGGACCAGUAAAAGGUCUGGAUCAAUACAAGCCAAGAAUCGCAAAGAAAAUUCUUGUCCAGGACCAGGAGCAAAGAGAGUCGCUGUUCAAAGCUUAUCUCUUCUAUAAUGGCUCCUACAAACCUGUGACACUUCGCAAACUCAGGCCAAAACUGUUCAAUAGGAAGGCAUUCGAGAAAAACAUAAAACGGCUGACCGACAUCGAGGAGAAGAGUAGAGCCAACCUGACGAAAGCUCAACCGGGUUGCCACAGGAACGGUUCCAAUUUUCUGUCUCACAUUGUCGCUUACGGUUACCAUGAGGAUGUGAAAUUUGCGAAUUGGGUCGCGUACGAGUUCAUUGCUGGCACUCCUCUGGACAGAUGCCUUCAGCGGCGAAAAUAUCUGAACCAGUUCAUGUCACUAAGACAAAAGUCGGAGAUUUUGUAUCAGGUCAGUGCGGGGAUGCGAUUUCUGGAGCUGAACGGAUUGUGUCAUCGUCACCUGCGAGCAUCAAACAUCAUAGUCAAUCAGUCAACAAACUACAUUUAUGCCGUUAAAAUCACCGACUAUCUGGUUCCAUAUCACUUUUUAGAUGAGGACACUGCGGCAAUGAGCAACUUGUCUGAUUUGGAUUGGCCAUGGUGGGCGCCGGAGUGCUUGAAGGACCACUGCUUCGACAUUGUCACGGAUAUUUGGGCUUUCGGAUGUGUAAUCUUCGAGAUCAAUCACGACGGACUUGGGCCAUAUGCUUUUCAGAAGAAGCGUCCCCAGUCCCAUAACGAUUUACAAGCAAUUUUCGAUAGAAAGGAGAAGAUGGUGAUAGUUCAAGAGGAAGAAAUGGACACGUUUCUUGAAGAGUUGCUCUUCAUGUGUGUUAGCUAUGAACCGGAGUCUCGGCCGACAUUCGACUACUUGUUCAACUUCUUCCGUGCUCUGCUCUUCGACUUUGCUGUAGGACCUGACCCUGCCAUUCAAAAGUACAUAAAGAAACCGCCGAAAAAGUUCAGUCAUCAGCAACGUGCAAAAUAA